CUAACGUUAUUGAAAGGAGGCUUGGCGGUUUGUGAAGGGGUCGUGGGUUGGGACGGGCCUGGCCGGGGAUAGGCCUUCGUCUGUGGCACCGCUGGGGGGGGGGGGGGGGGCUCAGCGAUUGUCGGGGUGUGUGGCACGAGGGGAGGUGCUUACGGCCGGAUGGGCGGGGGGUUGAAGGGGGUCCACAAUGUCGUGCAAACAGAUGCGCGAUCAUGAGCCUGCGCCCAAACAUGUGCAGCAGGAUUUCCGGCGAAACGCUGCUGUGUACCGUUACAUUGUCGUCGGCCAGAAGGUCGACAACAAGGGGGUUAUUAUGCUACGGUGCACCUUCUACAAUAAGGUUUGGCAGGAAACCCAGUACUAUGCAACGAAACACUUCACUCAGCCAAACUAUUGCAAGAAGGUGUCCAACGAAGCAUUGUUCCAGAUUGCGGAGAAAUGCAUAUAUCGCUUCGAGGUCGAUCAGAUAGAGAGGGUCCGACGGUACACACAGGAGCGGGGUCUCGAUCCCCCGCGCUCUGGUGCGAUGGGUGGCGAGGGGGAGUGUCCUGCACAGGGCGUGGGCGAGGGAGAGGAUACCCAACAUUCUGCGGAGGGAGGUGUUGCGAGAGAUGGGGAGGGUGGGGGUGCUGCGGAGGAGGACGAGAUGGAUGUCGACCUAGAGGUUGGUAGGGCAGAGGAGGAGCGGACGCUGAGGGGAGAGCGGCGUGCCCGAGUUGCUCUUCAGCAUCCUGGUGGAGGACCUCUUCCCGUGCUUCCUUCCCACAGCGAGAUCGCAAGCAUGCGAGCUGUGGAGAUCCACCGAGAGGAGUUCAAGUUGGAGGAGGUGAGGCAGCCAUUAUGGGCCCGUAUACAGCACAUGAUGGAGCCUGCACACUGCGCAGCGUUCUUACUGAACCCCCGUCACCGGGAUGUUCAGUACUUCUCCGCGCAACUCGAAGAGUACCACACUUGGCUUAUUCAACAAGCCAAGAGGUAUCUGUUAUCUCAGACGGGCUUCGACGAGUCGGGUGCUCGUUACCUUGAGGUAUGUCGACAGUUCGAGGACUUCCAUAUGCAACAGGCGGAGAGGAAUUGGGCGGUCCACGAGGGUAUCCAUGCGAAGAAGCGCAAUCAGUUGACCUUCGAGAAGGUCGUCCAUCUUGUUAAGAUCACCGCAAAUGUGCGGCUAAUGGAGUAUAGACGUGCAGGUUGUGGAUACGUUCUCCCUUGGCAGCGAGACAAGGAUAUGCUUGACGCUCAGGCAGGAUUGGCGGUGGAGCCUGUGCGGUCGGGGAUGAGGAGUGGGAUGACGAAGGAGGAGAUCGAGGAGCAGGUUGCCCUCAUUACACGCGAUCCCAUUGGGUCCUUUGUGUCGCCCCCUGUUGAGUCUGUUUUCGGUGCUCGUGCGGCUAUCUUCCGUCCGUACCCCAGGGACAAUGCCUCUGAGGACGAGAGCAUAGCCCGUCAGCUCGUUUUGGAGCAUGUGGUGGAGAAGAGGGGGAGACGAGCGGAGGAGCACAGAGCAGGCGGAGUUGAGGGUAUUCGGGGUAUGGAGGACGAGGUAGUUGGAGCAGUGGGGAUUGGGUUGUCGUCUAUGCUGGAGGAGAGAGCAGGGGGGAACGAUCGAGCGCAGGUUGAGAGAGAGGGGGGCAUGGUGGUGGUGGAUGAUGGUGCGCAAGUCGAGAAAGAGGAGGUCGUGGCGAUGGUGCAUGAUGAUGAGUAGGUUGAGAGAGAGGAGGACGUGAUAAGUUGAAGGAUGUUUCUAAAGGAGCUUGAUUAAUAUGCCUAUUUAAGAUGAAGAAAAUGAUUGUCAAUUUUCUAGCUUUCGCCUGUUCAAAGCAAUUGUAUUUUAAAACGAAUGAUUUCGAUGGUUACCGUGAAAGAAAUUUGUGAAUAUAAUAAAAAUGAAGAUAGUCAAACUUA